AUGCUGAACAAACACCUGCAGUCGUUGAUGGAAGGACUGACGGCCAAGGUCUUCAGGACGUACAACGCCUCCAUCACGCUGCAACAGCAACUUGAGGAACUUACAGAUCCGGAAGAGACAGUUCCUGCAAAGAUCCUGUCUUAUAAUAGAGCCAACAGAGCGGUUGCAAUCCUUUGCAACCAUCAGCGAGCACCACCCAAGACUUUUGACCAGUCCAUGGCCAACUUGAGAACCAAGAUUGAUGCCAGGAAAGAACAGAUGGCACUGGUCAAGAAGGAGCUGAAAGAAGCCAAAAAGCAAGCUAAGGAAAAAGAAGACAAGAAGCUCAAAAAGCUCAUGGAAAGUAAGAAGAAGGCUCUUCAGAGAACGGAGGAGCAGAUUAUGAAACUGGAGGUGCAGGCGACGGACAGAGAGGAGAAUAAGCAGAUUGCCUUGAGCACCUCCAAGCUAAACUAUCUGGACCCCCGAAUCACAGUGGCCUGGUGCAAGAAGUGGGUUGUUGGCUUGGAAAAGAUCUACAAUAAGACUCUGAGGGACAAGUUUGCCUGGGCCAUCGAUAUGGCGGAAAGCGACUUCUACUUUUAG